GGCCUGAAUUGUUGCGGAAUGCGAUUGCUCGAUCAAGAAGAUUUUGUUGGAGGUCAAACGAAGACUGUACCACGGCAGAUAUCAGUCUAUUUGAGUUUAUCAUUAUAGUAGUCACCUUUAUAGGUAAAAUGAAACCAGUGUCGAAAGUUAUCAAAUAUGCUUUCUGAAAUAUAGUGUGCUUUAUACAGGAAUUUAAAUCGACAUCGGAUCAGGGGUCAAAUCGAGGAGAUUGUUAUUCUUACAAAUGACCUCAUGCAAAUAAAGGAGCGACAUUGAUUGGAGCUUAAUGAAGUUGUAUCUUUGCAUGAAGAUCAAAUCAUUUAGAAUUUGUUGAAAUUUAUUUGACAUUUUUGUCAAAACCGCAAAAAGUAUGCUUCCUGCACGAGAUGAAGAGGAUAAGCCUCGAAACUGGAGAGGGCUAUUUUUGAGCAAAGCGAAGUUGAAAGCAUCUAGCAGGACAUCUGGUUUGAUGUCUGGUUUUGCAAUGGUUGCAAUGGUUGAGUUGAAUAUUGGAUCUGAUCUUCCAUCAGUUCUUGUAAUAACAUUUAGCCUUCUUACAACAUGCUUGAUAUCUGUGCAUGUUUUCGCAUUGAUGAUAUCAGUUUGCAUUCUCCCAAACAUUGAGACAGUGGAGAACAUAAGAAACGUUGAGAUGUCCAGAGGCUAUCCCAUUCAGAGCAUCCCACAUGAGACAAGACCAAGUGAAUCACCUCAUGAAAAUAUGCACAAGUAUGUAGAAAUAGCAUGGAUAUUCAGCACGGGCCUAGGGACAUUUCUUUUCUUGCUGGAGAUUCCAGUUAUAUUAUGGGUGAAGCUAUACACAAUCAACAUCAAUUCAGCAAUUGCUGCUUCAGCGGUUAUGUUCCCAACAUCAAUCAUAUUCAUCUGGUUUGCAGUUCAUUUCUACAGAAAGCUCAUAGCACAUGAGGUUGUGCAGAGAACAAAUGGUAUGCUGGAGCUCCAGUAUAUAGCCAAGCAACUUGGUUCUGAGGAUGGUGAUGCAGCAUUGACCACACAGCCUCUUACAUCAGAUAUACAAAAUGUGUGAGAGCUUCUAGUAUUAACUUUGUUGCAAAGGUUAUUUCAAAGUUUCGUUUUUGUUUUAGUUAAAAAUUCGCAAACAUUCUUUAGAUAAAAUUAUUUAUAGACACAAUAAUUGUAAAUAGAGUAUUAUUCAUUGUAUAGUAGUUUGUUAAUAGCAUUUUUCUGGUCAUGGUUAUUUUUUGU